AUGGCGAAAGCGCUGCGAGCGUCCAAGAUGCUGAACAUGUCCAAGGCCCAGGUCACCCUGCAGGAGCAGACAUAUGCCCUCCUGAUGUGCAUGAUACUGAUGGCCCGGAAGCUGCGGGGGCGAAUUAGCAAGCAAACGGGCUUCUUGACCAGGGCCACGAACAGUCGUGGCAAGGAGGUCGAGGCUGUGAGCAAAGCUAGGCUGGAGCUGGUGCAGAUGUCCAAAGACCAACUGCUGCUAGACCAACUUCAGGCGCUGACGCCGCCGGCCGAGGAUGUCGAGAUGGAGCCGCCACCAGAUGCUGAUCGGUCUCCUGGUGGAGCUG